AUGGUAGGGUGCGUGAAGGCAGAGAAGAAGUGUCGACCGGCAGACAUGCAGGCCUUGAAAUGCCCGCGCUGCGAGUCUACCAACACCAAGUUCUGCUACUACAACAACUACAGUCUCUCGCAGCCGCGCUACUUCUGCAAGUCGUGCCGCCGCUAUUGGACCAAAGGCGGCACCCUCCGCAACGUCCCUGUUGGCGGCGGAUGCCGCAAGAACACCAAACGCUCAUCAUUAUCAUCAUCCAAGAAGACGACCACACUGUUUGACCACAACCCAUUGCUGCCCAUGUCAUACGACCCCGAUGCUGACAUCAUCACCCGCCUCACCAAACAGACGGCCGUCGAUCAUAAUCAUAAUCCCAACCUCAACGGCCUCUCCCCCCACCUUUUUCAACCCUGUGAUGGUGGGCUCCACAAUGUGUACUAUGGAGGGAUGGAGAUGGAGAUGGGGUUUUCGUUAGACCAGUUUGGAGGAUUUGGAGGAGGGAUUAAGCCAGACAACAAGGGAUUGUUGGGUUUCACAUGGCAGGGAGUGAGUGGGGAUGGAAAUGGGCCAGAACUUGAUUCGGGCCGGGCCUUUGCCUCGUCUACUUGGCAUGGGCUUCUGAAUAGUCCUCUCAUGUGA